AUGGCGCUGGAGACCCUCUCUCCGGACUGGGAGUUCGACCGCCUCGACGACGGCUCGCAGAAAAUUCAUGCUGAAGUGCAGUUGAAGAAUUAUGGAAAAUUUCUUGAGGAGUAUACAUCUCAGCUCAAGAGAAUUGAAGAUGCCUUGGAUGACUCUGUUGGAGACGUUUGGGACUUCAGUCUUGAUCCCAUUGCCUUAAAGCUUUUGCCAUAUGAACAGUCUUCCUUACUGGAGCUCAUAAAGACAGAAAACAAAGUUCUAAACAAAGUGAUAACUGUUUAUGCUGCUCUUUGCUGUGAAAUAAAGAAGUUAAAAUAUGAGGCAGAAACGAAAUUUUAUAAUGGCCUUUUGUUUUAUGGAGAAGGAGCCACAGAUUCCAGCAUGGUAGAGGGAGAUUGCCAAAUACAGAUGGGAAGAUUUGUUUCUUUCUUGCAGGAACUGUCUUGCUUUGUUACCCGGUGUUACGAAGUGGUGGUGAAUGUAGUGCAUCAGUUGGCUGUUCUCUAUACCAGCAACAAGACUGCACCUAAAAUUAUAGAGACAUCUGGAGUUCAUUUUCAGGCAAUGUAUGAGCAUUUGGGAGAGUUGCUUAUGGUCUUAAUCACUCUGGAUGAAAUAAUUGACAAUCAUGCCACUCUGAAAGAUCACUGGACCAUGUAUAAGAGGCUGCUCAAAUCAGUCCAUCACAACCCUUCUAAGUUUGGGAUUCAAGAAGAUAAACUGAAGCCAUUUGAAAAGCUACUGUUAAAACUGGAAUGCCAGCUCCUUGAUGGGAUGAUAUUUCAGGCCUGUAUAGAGCAACAAUUUGAUUCUCUGAAUGGUGGAGUUUCGGUGUCAAAGAACAGCACAUUUGCUGAGGAAUUUGCUCAUACUCUUCGCACAGCUUUUGCAAGUGUUGAAGCCAAACUUGGUGAACCUUCAGAAAUUGACCAGAGAGAUAAGUACGUGGGCAUCUGUGGCCUCUUUGUACUGCAUUUUCAGAUUUUUCGGACCAUAGACAAGAAAUUUUACAAGUCAUUGUUGGAUGUCUGUAAAAAAGUACCAGCCAUCACAUUAACUGCUAACAUUGUAUGGUUUGCUGACAACUUUCUUAUACAGAAGAUGCCAGCUGCUGCCAAACUUCUGGACAAGAAAAGUAUUCAUACAGUUAAAACACAAAGGGAGAACUUUCUACAGCAGAAGGCGCAGUCGCUUACCAAAGACAUGCAGUCGUAUUAUGUUUUUGUGAGCUCAUGGAUGACAAAAAUGGAAUCUAUCUUGUCAAAGGAGCAGCGCAUGGAUAAGUUUGCUGAAGAUCUUUCUAACCGCUGCAAUGUCUUCAUCCAGGUUGGCUUUCUUUAUGCAUACAGUCUUAGCACCAUCAUUAAAACUACAAUGAAUCUCUACAUGUCAAUGCAAAAACCUAUGACCAAAACUUCAGUGAAAGCUCUGUGCAGGCUUGUGGAACUUCUGAAGGCAAUAGAACACAUGUUUUAUCGGAGAAGUAUGGUUGUGGCAGAUUCUGUGACGCACAUCUCUCAGCAUCUGCAGUAUCAGGCUCUUCAUUCUAUUUCUGUAGCCAAGAAAAGAGUCAUUUCUGAUAAAAAGUACAGUGAGCAACGCCUGGAUGUCCUUUCUGCUUUGGUGCUGGCUGAGAACACCCUUAAUGGGCCAAGUACAAAACAGCGGCGACUAAUUGUUUCCCUUGCACUAAGUGUGGGAACACAGAUGAAAACUUUCAAAGAUGAGGAACUCAUUCCCCUUCAGCUAGUUCUGAAGAAACUAGAUCUGAUCAGUGAACUUACAGAGCGAGUUCGAGUACAAUGUGACUGUUGUUUCUUGUACUGGCAUCGAGCAAUCUUUCCAAUCUAUUUAGAUGACGUGUAUGAAAAUGCAGUGGAUGCUGCUAGACUGCAUUAUAUGUUUAGUGCACUACGGGACUGUGUACCUGCUAUGAUGCAUGCAAGACACCUGGAAUCUUAUGAGGUGCUUCUGGAAUGCUAUGACAAAGAAAUCAUGGAAGUACUUAAUGAGCACUUGCUGGACAAAUUGUGUAAAGAGAUAGAAAAGGACCUGCGCUUAUCAGUUCAUACACACUUAAAGCUGGAUGACAGAAACCCCUUCAGAGUUGGUCUGAAGGACUUAGCUCACUUCUUCUUCCUGAACCCAAUACGUUUUUUCAAUCGAUUCAUUGACAUAAAAGCUUAUGUGACACACUAUUUGGACAAAACCUUUUACAACUUAACAACUGUAGCUCUUCAUGACUGGGCCACCUACAGUGAAAUGAGAAACCUAGCAACUCAGCGCUAUGGUUUGAGUAUGACUGAAGCACAUCUUCCCAGCCAGACUCUGGAACAGGGCCUGGAUGUUUUGGAAAUCAUGAGAAAUAUUCAUGUUUUUGUAUCCCGCUACCUCUACAAUCUGAAUAAUCAGAUCUUCAUUGAAAGAACAAGUAAUAACAAACAUCUGAACACCAUCAACAUCCGACAUAUUGCUAAUUCAAUUCGGACUCAUGGAACAGGAAUCAUGAACACAACAGUGAACUUCACAUACCAAUUUUUGAGGAAAAAAUUUUAUAUUUUCAGCCAGUUCAUGUAUGAUGAACAUAUCAAAUCCAGGCUUAUCAAAGACAUCAGAUUCUUCAGGGAAGUCAAGGAUCAGAACGAUCACAAGUAUCCUUUUGAAAGAGCAGAUAAAUUCAACCGUGGCAUCAGAAAACUUGGAAUAACCCCAGAUGGACAGAGCUAUCUUGACCAGUUCAGACAACUCAUAAGCCAGAUUGGCAACGCUAUGGGUUAUGUAAGAAUGAUAAGAUCUGGUGGACUUCACUGCUGUAGUAGUGCAAUUAGGUUUGUUCCUGAUCUGGAAGACAUUGUUAACUUCGAAGAGUUGGUGAAAGAGGAAGGACUCUCAGAAGAAACACAAAAAGCAGCAAGGCAGUUGGACUCUGUUCUCAGUGACCUCACACGUAACUUUGCAGAAGGAACCGAGUACUUCAAGAUGUUGGUGGAUGUGUUUGCUCCCGAAUUCCGCAGCCCAAAGAACAUGCACUUGCGGAACUUCUAUAUAAUCGUUCCCCCACUGACCCUCAAUUUUGUAGAGCAUUCAAUCAGUUGCAAGGAGAAAUUGAAUAAGAAGAACAAAAGUGGAGCAGCUUUCACUGAUGAUGGGUUUGCCAUGGGUGUGGCUUACAUUCUGAAGCUUUUGGAUCAGUACCAGGAGUUUGAUUCUCUUCACUGGUUCCAGUCUGUUAGAGAGAAGUAUGUGAAGGAAAUAAGAGCAGUAGCUAAGCAACAGAAUGUGCAGUCCAGUAAUCAAGAUGAAAAACUACUGCAAACGAUGAACCUUACCCACAAGCGACUGGAAGUUUGUUUACAGGAAUUUGAACUCCUUUAUUUCUCACUAAGUAGUGCAAGAAUUUUUUUCAGAGCAGAUAAAACUGCAGCAGAAGAAAGCCAGGAAAAGAAAGAAAAAGAAGAAUCUGUUAAAGCAAGCAAUGGAGACCUUUCCACCUCUGCACCUGCUGAUCCUGUUGUGAAAUGAUGUGGUUGGUAUGGGUGAUGAUUACUAACUCAAAUAACUCAUGGUCUUGUUGUUACCAGUAAUGCCC